UCGCCGUGCCGCUCUCCCUCCCCCGCUUCAGUCUGUCUGUGGUGAAUGUGUACGGCAGCGGUGAGAGGAGCCCCGCACACACCGGCAGCCGCCAUGCCCGCCUGCUAGUUACCGCUACGCUCCGGAGUGCGGCCAAGCUGCAGUAAUUCAUUCAGUGACGAAGGUGAUAGAGCCGGGUCUCCCCCCGGUAUCCCGGCAGCAGCGAGUGCAGCCCCCGGGGCUCCCCGUCCCUCCAUGGCUGGCGUCCUCAUCUACGAGGAGGAGAGAGCCGGCCGGGCUCCCAUGAAGGUGUUGCCGCCGUCCCCGCCUCAACCAUGCGCGGAGGAGAGCUGCUACCGGCGCCUGUCCGGUCCGACCCUGUCGCAGGUACGGGAGGAGUGCGUGUCCGGCGCGCAGGAGGCGGCAGGGGAGGAAGACGUGCGGAAGCGCGGCUACCUGCGGAAGCAGAAGCACGGCCACAAGCGCUACUUCGUGCUGCGGGCGCACAGCCACCUGGGGCCGGCCCGCCUAGAGUACUAUGAUAACGAGAAGAAGUUCCGGAGCGGGCAGCGGCCGGGCGGCGGGGCGGGCUGCCCCCCGAAGAGGGUGAUCUUCCUGUCGCAGUGCUUCACUGUCAGCCGCCGGGCGGACGCCAAGCACAAGCACCUACUGGCCCUCUACACCAAGGACGAGUACUUCGCCAUGGCUGCGGAGAGCGAGCCGGAGCAGGACUCCUGGUACCAUGCCCUCAGCCAGCUCAUCAACGAGAACAAGAGGCUGUGCCUGGAGCCAGAGGAGCUGGAGGAGAGCUAUGGGGGCCAGAGGGUGGCUCCUGUGUUCAAGGAGGUCUGGCAGGUGAACGUCAAGCCCAGGGGGUUGGGCCAGAGCAAGAACUUGUCGGGGGUCUACCGACUGUGUCUGUCCAACAAGGCCGUGCACCUGGUCAAGCUCAACUGUGAGGUGGCUUGUGUCCACCUGUUGCUCAUGAACAUCCGCCGCUGCGGUCACUCCGAGAACUACUUCUUCAUCGAGGUUGGCCGCUCUUCGUCCACCGGGGCAGGUGAGCUCUGGAUGCAGGUGGAUGACUGCGUGGUUGCUCAGCACAUGCAUGAGACUUUCCUGGAGACCAUGAAAGCCCUGAAGGCUUACUCGGAGUUCCGCCCCAGGAGCAAGAGCCAGUCCUCGGGCACCAAUCCCAUCUCCUUCAUAACAACCAGGAGGUAUCUGGGCAAUUUGCCCCCCAGCCAAACCGGCCUGCAGAGGAGAUCGCGUACUGAGAGUGUUACUGGUACCCCCCCUACUGCAAAAAGCAACUCUUACCGCUUUAGGACCUCCAGUGAGGGUGAAGGUACGAUGACCAGGCCAUUCAGGUCAGUCACUGGGAGCUUGAUCCAUUUAAACACUGCACGAUUAAACCUUGGCAAGCAGGAAGGUGCUGGGAGGUAUGUCAGAGCACCAUUCAACUCUGGUUACCACUCCAGAUCUGCAUCUCUUCCAGUCUCUCAUUAUCCAUCCGCUACAAGCCCCAUAAGCGUGUGUUCUAGUAGUGGCCACGGGUCUACUUCUGAUACCCUGACCAGACCUUCCAGUUCUGUUUGUGGAUCCCCGAGUGACGGUGGCUUCAUUUCAUCAGAUGAAUGUGGUUCAAGUCCAGGGGAUCUCCGGUACUUUCGUGUAAGGAGUAAUACUCCCGAUUCCCUAGGGAAUACACCACCAAUACAAGAGGAAAACACUCUGAGCGACUACAUGUCAAUGAGCGUGAAAAACAACCCUAAUGGUAAGGAUGAUUAUAUGGAGGCUGACAAAAGUUUUAGAAAAAGAACCUACUCUCUAACUAAACCCUCCAAUGCCACACUACACCAGAAGUCACAGGCUGCUGUGUCCUUAGAUGAAGACUCUGAAGAGGUAAACAAGCAGUUUGCCUAUUCUGAAUCACCAAAGUUGAAAGACUGUGCUCAUCCAGAGGAUUACAGUAAUGGUAUUGUCGAUUCAGUUUGUAACCAAAGCAGGAGUAAAGCUAAAGAUGAUGGCUACAUGCCGAUGAUGCCUUUUAUUUCAUAUGACAAUGACUAUUUGCCAAUGGCUCCUAAAAGUGUUUCUGCACCAAAACAAAUAGUUUCUAGGUGUCCCUCUCAUGUGGAUUCAAAAGGGUAUAUGAUGAUGUUUCCCUUUGCCAGUUCACCUGUUAAAAAUUCAGUAAUAGGCCUUUCUAAAGGUAACCAAGAACGCGUCCCCAAUGGGGAGUACAUGGACAUGUCUUAUGGAAGCUCUGGCACUGUUAAACGGACUAAUGACUCGAAUGUAAGCAGUUCCAGGGGCUUCAGUUCUUAUUUUUCUUUACCCAGAAGCUUUAAAAGUUCAUCAAAGCAUAGCAGUGAUAACAAUGAGUAUGUUCCCAUGUCAUCGCCUGGAAAGCUACUACAUUUGGGUUUGGAAAAUACAACUGAUUGUAAGGAUGGAGAUGCAGAUGGUCUGUCAAAGAUUGAGUUGAAAUCUUCCAACAGUGUACUGGAACAACAAGUUAAGGCUACAAGGCCCACAAAGCUGACGCUGGCCAUGAGAGGUAGCAGUACAAUGCCAAGAUUUUUUGAUAAUUCAAACUGUGCUGAACCUACUAGUCCUGGCGAAUAUAUAAAUAUUGACUUCAGCGAUAAAGCAAGUAGUACUCCUUAUUCUCUGUCUGCAGAAGGGUCGCCAUCUUCUUUGGGCUCAAGUUGUGACCAUAGACAAUCCCCGUUAUCUGAUUACAUGAGUGUAGAUAUUGAUGUGCAGUCUCCAAAAGCCACCACAGAAUUGUCCAACUCUUUAACCGACAUUUCAUCUUACUCAUGCACCAGUAUUUCUAGAAUUCAGCCUGGAGUUGAGUAUGUAAAGCUCCCAUGUGGUACAGCCUGUGUCAGCUCCACAAAUAGGAAUGAUGACUAUACCACAAUGACUUUUAACAUGGCAAUGACUCCACCACGGCCCUUUCCUAAUGAGACUGAAAAUGGCACUAAAUUGGAUAGUCCUUCAUCUAUUGUGAACCGGUUGUGCAUUGGUGACAUGUCCUCUUUUAACAGUGGUUUCACCCCUGUUCUCAAUCCCCUUUCUGAACCUGUUGUUGGUCCUAAGGUUAUCCGUGCAGAUCAACAGGGAAGGCGGAGACACAGCUCUGAGACUUUUUCCUCUGCCAGCACCGUAACUACUUCUUCCUCUUGCUUUACCGAAAGUGGCAAAAGACACAGUUCUGCCUCUUUUGACAACGUUUGGCUGAAACCUGAGGAAAGCAGUUGUGACCAAGAAAAAAGAAUGUCCAGAAACUGCUCUACAGGUUUUCAGAAUGGUUUGAACUACAUUGCUCUGACCAUGCACGAUGAUGUCCGUGAAUCUACAUCUCCAGCUUGCAAUCAGCAUCAAAAUGGAAGCAGCAAUAUGGAAAGUGGAGCUUAUGUCAGCAUCGACUUCUCUAGGUCUGACUGUCUGAAUUGUUCUGCCUUCAGAAAAGAGACGGAGUGUGCUGCCAUGGAAACCAUAGAGAAGACAGUCACCCCAGCCUUUCUGCUGUAAAAGCAAAUGAAGUGACUGGAAGAGAGAAUGCAGAGAUUCUGCAUGAAUCCAUGUUGAGUUUCAAAUGGACAUGUACCUGCUUUCCCACACAGAUUAAUUGUACAGCUAUUUAAAGCUUAUAUUAUUGUGUUGGCAAAGGAAGCUUUUUUUUUUUUUUUUUUUUCCCAACAUACUUAUUUUUGUGAGGGAAAAAGAUGACUUCUCAUGGCAUGUUUUACAAAUUGCAUAUGAGAUAUUGCUGUGUUUUUAUGGAGCGGCUCUGACGUGUAACACGGCUCACGUCUGGCUUCCACAUUGCAUCUUGGUGCCAUUUUACAUCUCAGACCUGCUCCUUGUGUAUUUAAUAUAAGUGCUAAUGUAGCACCUGGGAGAGUGUAAAUCUAUGCUUUAAGGGGAGUUCCCUAAAAGGAUAGUACAUUUCAGCUUGUUUGUUGAUCUAUAUAUGAGUUCUAAUUUUAUGGUACAAAGCAAACUAUUAAAUAUGUAAAGUUAAGAAAUAUUUUGAAAGUUUAAUUUUUUUUAAGUCAAAAGUCUAUAUGUAUUUUAAUUCUAUUUACUUUAUGGAAGGAAAUCUCCUUUCAGUGAACAAAGAUACAUUGUCUAUGGUACAUGAAUUAUUAUGUCUGCAUUCCUUACUUUAGAUUGCUGCACUAUUGUCCCUUCCUGUAAGUGACAAUAUUUUAUUUAAGCAAAAAGGUACAGUAUUAAUUUUCCUAAGUGGUUUAAUUUCUGGCAUGUGCAAGGUACAAAUAUACAUCAUGGUGUUUCCCUGAUCAAUCCCAUGCGUAGUCUUUAGUUUUAUUAGAACGUUUUCUUCCCUCUGAAUGACAAGAGUGUAAAAACCGUAAAUCCUAUUUAUGGCACCACAGCAAAUGAAGUAGACCUAACAAGACACUAAUGAAAAAACUGUGUUGCUUUUACACUAUGGGCAAUGUGCCUAAAAUAUGAGUGUUGUGUUGCAUGAUGAUCUGUAAACUUUGCUUUAACUAGUAUUUCCCGUCCCAUGUAUUUGGUUCUAAUGAUGCUCCUUCUGUCAAAGCUUGAUUUGUCACUGUAAUAGCUGUAUGCUGGAGCACCAACCCGCAGCCCCCUGUUCAUUCAUGUGUGUACUUCUUUAUGGCCAGUGCUGAUGCAAUUUUAUAACUUUCAUUCUACAUUUACACCAGUAGACUAAUUCUACUUUAAAAGGGAAAAUAAAUGAAAUGGCUAGUGGGAAGGGGACUGAGGCGUAGCUAGAGCAGACUUCAACGACAUUUGUGGACUAUGUAGUAAGUGAUAGAUACCAUCAUAAUUAUUUGUGAUUUGGGUGGGAAAGUGUUGGUGUAAAUGUCCUUCUGUUUAUGAAAUAAAUGGCCGAAUUAACCACACUGCAAAUAACCUGCCUCUCCAACACUUCAUUUUCCGUUCAUAUAAGGUAUAUAUGUAUGUAUGUGUGUGUAUAUAUAUAUAUAUAUGUAUAUAUAUAUAUAUAUAUAUAUAUAUAUAUAUAUAUAUAUAUAUAUAUAUAUAUAUUAGUAUUAAUUCACAAAACAAAUUAUAUCACUUUAUCUCAACAUUUGCUAUAUUUAAAGUUAUUUUCUUACACUUGCAAAGCCUUCUAAAAUAAGCUUGCAGCAUAAAACCUACAACUCCCAUCCAGUAUGAUAAUCCAUACAUGCAUAAUAUUAAAGUAAAGGUAUUCCUUUAAUGUCGCACAGUUAAUUUGAUAUUUGAACACAGGUUUUUACAUGGAUUUUAGUCCUUUUCUUGAUGCCAUAAAUACAAUUUUUUUUUUUAUUUUUUUUUUUAAUGAUAUCUUGCAGUUGCCAGUUCUUCGAUCUUAAUAUGUGGAUAACCUCAACCUUAGUUAUGUCGGUUAAAUAGGUACAGCAUAAAAUAUGCAAUCUUAGUUUACAAACCUAAUUUAUUCAGUAUUGUGCUGGAACAUACCUUUGGAAUAUGUAAAGCAUAUCACUAGAUAAUAUCUUCCAGCUGUCAGAUAAUGCUGCUGUAUAGUUUAAAAUUACCAAUGAUGGAAGAAUUGUCCUGUAAAUUUUAAUUUCAUAUUGCAAAGUUAUUCUGUCUGUACAAAUUAAUAAAACAUGGUUGGUACUGUU